ACCAAAUCAAAACUCGACGACUCAGAUCUUCACCUUUUUUUCCUUUCCCGAUUCCAAGUAAAAUGCAAAUGUCUCCGUUCCUAUCAGAAAACGGCGUCGAAGGAGACGACGAGAGAGAAGAAGAAGACGAAGACGUGGACGACGAUGAAGAAGAAGAGGGCGAUGAAGAAGAGCCGAGGCCUAAGUAUCAAAGAAUGGGAGGUAGCAUCCCGUCCUUGCUUUCCGGCGAUUCUGCCUCGUGUAUCGUCGUCUCCGAACGCAUGAUCGCACUCGGAACGCACGAUGGAACCGUUCAUAUCCUCGACUUUUUGGGAAAUCAGGUUAAGGAAUUUGCUGCUCAUUCAGCUGCAGUGAAUGACCUUAGUUUUGAUAUAGAAGACGAAUAUAUUGGAAGAUGUUCUGAUGAUGGUUCUGUUAUACUCCAUAGUCUUUUCACUGACGAGAAAUUGAAAUUUGAGUAUCAUCGUCCUAUGAAGGCCAUUGCACUUGAUCCUGAUUAUGCAAGAAAAUCAUCUAGGAGAUUUGUAACUGGUGGCUUAGCUGGCCACUUAUAUCUUAAUACCAAAAAGUGGCUUGGCUAUAAGGAUCAGGUUUUGCACUCAGGUGAAGGUCCAAUCCAUGCAGUGAAAUGGAGAAUGAGUCUCAUUGCUUGGGCUAAUGAUAUGGGAGUAAAAGUUUAUGAUGCUGCAAAUGAUCAACGGAUUACAUUUAUAGAAAGACCAAGAGGGAGUGCUCAUCCUGAAAUCUUGCUCCCAUAUUUAGUGUGGCAGGAUGAUGCCUUAUUGGUGAUUGGCUGGCGAACCUAUGUGAAAAUUGCAUCAAUAAGAUCAAAUCUGAACAAGGGCGCCAAUGGAACUUAUAAGCAUGUUUCAAUGUCUAACAUGAACCAAGUAUAUAUUGUGGCAUCAUUUCAGACUAGCUGUUACAUAUCAGGAAUUGCUCCUUUUGGUGAUUCUUUGGUUGUUCUAGCCUAUAUUCUUGGUGAAGAAGAUGGAGAAAAGGAAUUUAGUUGCACAAUACCUUCAAGACAUGUAUGCGUCCUUUACAGUUCUGAAAAAGCAAUGGAUUAUUCCUUGGCACAUGCUCCCUUCUCAGGCAGCAGUUAUGCCGGUGGACAGUGGGCUGCCGGUGAUGAACCAAUAUACUAUAUUGUAUCACCAAAGGAUGUUGUCAUAACGAAACCUAGGUUACUUCUGAUUCUUUAUAUUUUUCUUUCUUCUUGA